AUGGAGGUGGAGGACGUGGCGGCGGCGGCGGCGGACGCGGAGGUGGAGCCCCGUUUCGAGGUGGUCAAGGUGGUCGAGGUGGCGGACGCGGAGGAGGAGGAUACCAAGGCAGCGGAGUGCCUACUGCACAAGACGAUUGCGGGUGCUGAUGGGGUUACCAAAUAUUCAAGACCACCCGGAGGAGUUCCCGUGCCGGACAGGACGGUGACCAAGAUCGAGGAUGGCCUCAAGACAUCGAUGGACAUGACUAAGCUGAGCCUCAAGGAUAAGGAGAGGCUGGACAUGCCGACGCGGCCGGUGUACGCGACCGGCGGGCGGGCCGUGGUGCUGUGGGCCAACUACGUUGCUCUUGAGGCGCCUCCGAAGCUGACGCUGCACCGGUACGACAUCUCGGUGACGCCCGAGGUGACGGGCAAGAAGCUGACGCAGGUGGUCCGUCUGCUCCUGGAGGUCCCGGAUCUGGCGGCGCUGAGGGACGACGUGGCCUGCGACUUCAAGGCGACGCUAGUGUCCCGGCGGGAGCUGCCCGGCCCGGCCACGGACGUGACGGUCCGGUACCGCGGCGAGGACGAGGAGACGGCUCGCGAGAGCGCGCCCGAGUACCGGGUGCGGCUCCGGCGGUACCCCAACGCGCUGACGGUGUCGGACCUGAAGGCCCACCUGACGUCGGCGGACCUGUCGGCCGUGUACGACGACAAGCUGCCCAUGAUCCAGGCGCUCAACAUCUUCCUAAACCACUACGCCAAGUCGAGCGGCAACCUGGCCACCAUCGGCGCCUCCAAGGUCUUCGCCAUGGGCAGCCAGUCCGACACCUUCGACCUGGGCGGCUGCCUGACCGCCGUGAGGGGCUUCUUCGCCAGCGUGCGCGCCGCCACCGGCCGCAUCCUCGUCAACGUCAACGUCAGCCACGGCGCCUUCUACAACGAGGGGCCCCUCCUCCAGCUCUUCCUGACAUUCGGUCGCCAGCGGGGCCUGUUCAGGCUCGAGUCCUUCAUCAAGGGCCUGCGCGUCAGGACUACCCACCUCAAGGAGCGCAAGAGGUCCAACGGCCAGGUCAUACCCCGCGUCAAGACCAUCUUCGGCCUGGCCGGCCGGAAUGACGGCCACGGCCUCGCCCAUCCGCCCAGAGUCAAGGCCAUGGGCGCCGGCGCCAAGGACGUCGAGUUCUGGCUGGACGCUCAAGGCCAGGAUACCUCCACUCCUGCCCCUGCUCCUGAAGGUGCCGAUAAGGGAGGUCCGCCGGGGGCAGCGGCGCCGAAGAAGAAGAAGAAGGCCAAGGGAGGCACAUCUGCGCCUGCGCCCGCACCCGCUCAGGGUGGUGGUGGUGGUGGCCGGUAUAUUUCCGUCUACGAUUUCUUUUCCAACACCUACGGCAUACAGAUCGCCAACCCAGAGAUGCCCGUCGUCAACGUUGGAAACAGGGCGAACCCGACCUAUCUCCCCUUGCAGGUGUGUCAUGUGCUUCCGGGCCAGGCGGCCAAGACGAAGCUCGAUCCGGGACAGACGCAGAGCAUGAUCCGCUUCGCUGUUCGGCGACCGGCGGAGAAUGUGUUGUCGAUUGUGAACAACGGCCUGGCCACGGCUGGCUUGUCUGGCAACACGAAUCCACUACUUGCCAGGUUUGGAAUCUCGGCGACGAACAGCCUGAUCACGGUGCCCGGCCGGGUGCUCAACGGACCCCGCGUCGUGUACAAGCAGAAGAAGCAAGCGCAUGUGGCCAACGGCAGCUGGAACAUGGUGCCGCGCGACUCGGCCAAGCUCAUGUUCGACACGGCGGGCAGCCUGAGCAAGUGGUCGUGCCUGUAUAUUGAUAUGCCGAGCAUGUACCCGAGCGCGCGGCGGUUCAACUCGCAGGAGCUAGGGCAGCUGGUCAGCAGCUUCCACGGCGUGCUGCGGGACACGGGUAUGGCGGCGGCGCCGCCGCUGCCGCCGCAGCGCGUGGAGCUCAGCGGCACGGACGACGAGCAGCUGGACACCUUUAUGCAGCGGGCGUCGUCGAGCCUGCAGAUGCUGCUGGUGAUCCUGCCGACGACGCCGAUUCCGCUGUACGACCGGCUCAAGCAGCUGGGCGACGUCAAGUACGGCGUGCACACGGUGUGCAGCGUGGGCAGCAAGAUGGCCAAGCCGCAGGGCCAGGACCAGUACCUGCGCAACCUGGCGCUCAAGUUCAACCUCAAGCUCGGCGGCGUCAACCAGUCGGUCGACCCGGGCAACCUCGGCGUCGUGGCCGAGGGCAAGACCAUGGUGGUGGGCAUCGACGUGACGCACCCGUCGCCCGGGUCGGCGUCGCACGCCCCCAGCAUCGCGGGCAUGGUGGCCAGCAUCGACGCCAGGCUGGGCCAGUGGCCCGGCGUGCUGAGCAUCCAGUCGCGCAGCCGCCAGGAGAUGGUGUCGGACCUGGGUGCCAUGCUCAAGUCGCGCCUCGCCCUCUGGCGCGCCAGGAACAAGUCCGCCCUGCCCGAGAACAUCCUCGUAUACCGCGACGGCGUCUCGGAGGGCCAGUACCAGCUCGUCCUGGACACGGAGGUGCCCCUCCUCCGCGAGGCCUGCAGGCAGGUCUACCCCGCCCCGGACCAGUCGAGGGGCCUGCCGCGCAUGGCCGUCGUCGUCGUCGGCAAGCGCCACCACACGCGCUUCUACGCCACGCAGGACGCCGACGCCGACCGCUCCGGGAACACCAAGCCGGGCACCGUCGUCGACAGAGGCGUGACCGAGACCCGCAUCUGGGACUUCUUCCUCCAGGCCCACGCCGCCCUCCAAGGCACGGCCAGGCCGGCGCACUACUGCGUCAUCCUCGACGAGAUCUUCCGCCGCCGCGCCGGCGGCGCAGCUGGUGCUACCGCUGCCGGUAGCAACGUCGCCGACAAGCUGCACGAGCUGACCCAGAGCAUGUGCUACGUCUUUGGUCGCGCCACAAAGGCCGUCAGCAUCUGCACCCCCGCUUACUAUGCUGACAUCCUGUGUGAGAGGGCGAGGUGCUAUCUCAAGGAUAUCUUUGAUGCGGGCUCGGUUGCCGCGCCGUCAUCGGCUCCUGGCAGUGGCAUGGGUGCGCAGGAUGACGAUGUCCGUAUCCAUGCGCGACUCAAGGAUAGUAUGUUUUAUAUAUGA